AUGACCCGCGACAACGACCUCCAAGGCAAAAUUUUCGCCGUCUCUGGCGGAGCGAGCGGCAUCGGUCUAGCCACAAGUCAGAUCCUCGUCCGACGAGGCGCCAGCGUGGCUAUUGGCGAUAUCGAUGAAAUAGCUCUUGCAUCCGCGAAGGAACAUCUCGCAUCUGCAGAGGAGCGAGUGCUAUUCACGAAGCUUGAUGUUGGAGAUCGCAAGUCUGUCGACGAGUGGAUUGCGAGUGCGGUCGAGAAAUUUGGAGGUUUGACGGGCGCGGCGAACUGUGCGGGCGUGAUUGGGAAGCAUCAUGGGACGAGGGCGGUGGAGGAAUUGGAGGAUGAUCAGUGGGAUUUGAUUAUGAGGGUGAAUUUAACGGGAAUGAUGUAUUGCAUGCGGGCUCAGCUGAAGAAUAUGCCUACUGGACCUGGCAGUAUUGUCUGCGUACAAGGAACAUAUGGCUUUGCAAAGCACGCCGCGUACUCUGCGAGCAAGCAUGGCAUCCUCGGUCUUGUUAGAAGCGCAGCCAAAGAAGUUGGAGAACGCAAUAUCAGAGUCAACGCCGUCACGCCUGGAAGCAUUCAAACGCCGCUGAUGGACAAGAGAAAUGCGCUCGAAGGAGUGGACGAUUCCAUUCAACACACGGCCAUCGACAGGAUCGGUACCUCGGAGGAAGUUGGCAACCUCAUCGCCUGGUUGCUGAGCGACGAAGCAUCAUUCGUAACGGGCGCGACAUACGCCGUCGAUGCCGGGUGGGUGUGA